CCAAUUUUACGUUUAUUUCUCUCGCCGUGAAAAUUUCAUGGAAUCGACAGCUAGACGACGCAUUCAGGCAAUUCACAACCAUCUCGCCGCCGCCGGAACCGAUGCAAAAUCUCUCCUAUCCACAAACCAGACCGCUGCCGAGUUUGUCUCCGAAGAGGGUUAUAGUGCAGUGCUGCCUGAGAAAUUGCAGACAGGGAAGUGGAAUGUCUACAGAUCUGCACGUUCUCCUUUGAAGCUUGUAAGCAGAUUCCCUGAUCAACCUGAAAUCAGAACAUUGCAUGAUAAUUUCGAGCAUUCAGUUGAGUUAUUUAGAGAGUACAAGUACUUGGGUUCACGAAUUCGUGUUGAUGGAACUAUUGGCGAGUACAAGUGGGUGACAUAUGGGGAAGUCAGUACUGCUCGAUCUGACAUUGGUUCUGCUCUGGUCUUUCAUGGGAUACCAAGGGGAGCUGGAAUUGGUCUAUAUUUUAUCAAUAGGCCAGAAUGGAUAAUUGUUGACCAUGCUUGCUCUGCAUAUUCUUAUGUAUCAGUUCCUCUGUAUGAUACACUUGGUCCAGAUGCAGUUAAAUACAUAGUGAAUCAUGCUGCAGUACAAGUUAUAUUUUGUCUCCCACAGUCUUUGGAUAUUUUGAUGAGCUUCUUGUCUGAGAUUCCAACUGUGCGUAUCAUAGUGGUUGUUGGAGGGACAAAUGAAGAAACAUCAUCUUUUUCAUCAACAACAGGACUUCAGGUUUUAACAUAUGCAAAACUACUCAAACAGGGUCACAGCAACCCCCAACCAUUUUUUCCACCAAAAGCAGAUGAUGUUGCCACUAUUUGCUACACAAGUGGUACAACUGGGAAACCGAAGGGAGCUGUUUUGACUCAUGGAAACUUCAUUGCUAAUGUUGCUGGGUCAAGUAUUUCUACAACUUUCUCCCCGUCAGAUGUCUAUAUAUCUUACCUCCCUCUGGCCCACAUAUACGAGAGAGCAAACCAAGUCAUGUUAGCCUAUUCCGGAUCUUCUGUUGGGUUCUACCAGGGAGAUAGUUUGAAAUUGAUGGACGAUAUAGCUGUUCUAAAACCUACAUUAUUUGCCAGUGUUCCGCGGUUGUACAAUAGAAUAUAUGAUGGUAUUACAAAUUCUGUGAAGUUGUCGGGUGGUCUGAAGGAGAAGCUAUUCAAUGCAGCCUAUAACGCGAAGAAACAAGCAAUGUUGAGAGGCGAGAAUCCAUUCCCCGUGUGGGACAUAUUGGUCUUCAAUAAAAUUAGGGUUAGGCUAGGAGGCAGGAUCCGUAUGAUGAUGUCUGGUGCCUCACCUUUGUCUCCAGAUGUCCUGGACUUUUUGAGGAUAUGUUUUAAAUGCACAGUAUUGGAGGGGUAUGGUAUGACAGAAACUUGUAGUGUUAUAUCUACAUUAGAUGAGGCUGACACUUUAACCGGUCAUGUUGGUUCACCAAACCCUGCUUGUGAAAUAAAGCUUGUGGAUGUUGAGGAAAUGAACUACACAUCACAGGACCGGCCUCACCCUCGAGGUGAAAUCUGUGUGCGAGGCCCAAUCAUUUUCAAAGGCUACUAUAAAGACGAAGUUCAAACGAGAGAAGUACUUGAUGAAGAUGGAUGGCUUCAUACUGGUGAUAUAGGGUUGUGGUUACCAGGUGGCCGUUUGAAGAUAAUUGAUAGGAAGAAAAACAUAUUCAAGUUGGCCCAAGGAGAGUAUAUAGCACCAGAAAAAAUCGAGAAUGUGUAUGCCAAGUGCAAGUUUAUUUCCCAAUGCUUUGUUUAUGGUGAUAGCCUCAGUUCUUCCUUGGUGGCAAUCGCCUCAAUAGAUGAGGAGACAGUAAAGGCAUGGGCUUCAACUGAAGGCAUUAAGUAUAAUGACAUGAGAGAACUAUGUAAUAGGCCAAGAACAAGAGCUUCAGUUUUAGCUGACAUGGAUGCUGUUGGAAGAGAGGCUCAGUUAAGGGGGUUUGAAUUUGCGAAGGCAGUCACUUUAGUGACUGAACCAUUUACAUUGGAGAAUGGUCUUCUCACUCCAACUUUCAAGAUCAAAAGGCCUCAAGCGAAAGCUUAUUUUGCAAAAGUCAUUGAAAGCAUGUACGAAGAGCUUUUGAGUUUUCAUAACCCCUCUGUGCAGAAACUGUAAUAGAGAGAACAUAUAUAUAUUCCUUUGAGAAGACUUACUUGAAUGUUUUAGGGGAUGUGUUGAAUGAUUGGCUAUUUGCUUACAUUUUCUUAUGAAUAAAUGGAGACAGUGAUUAAAUGACUAUGUAUUGGAGUUAGUCUUUGGAUUAU